AACAAUCAUAUAUAUCAAUCUUCUUCCAUUUUUUCUCCCUCAACAAUCAAACACACACACCAAAAACCAUCUGAAAAUCAACCAAACAAAAGGGAUCCAAAAAUAGCAAAAAAUGGAGCAAAAUCUACCAAUUUUGGCCAAGAAAAUAUGGAAAAUAGUCCGAGUGGUCUAUUUCAUGCUCAGAAAAGGAAUUUCCAAGGGCAAAUUAUUAGCUGAUCUCAACAUGAUGAUGAAGCGUGGCAAGAUCGCCGGCAAAGCCGCCAUACAGAGUCUCAUGUUCCACCACCACUCCACGGCCACGUCUGGCGGCGACCGCCACCUCUCCUUCCCCAACGCGUAUGAGUUCAGCUGCAGCAACAGCCCCGCUUACCCUAUUUUCCACCUCAACAAGCGCAAGCGCUCCCACGCACCGCAGCCCAUCGACCCCAGCAUAGUCGCGGCAGCCCUGGAGAUAAUCAACAGCGCCACGGCAUCUCCAGCCCUGCCAGGAUUUGGGCGGAGCCCAGUCGUGAGGCAGCUGAGGGUGACUGAUUCGCCGUUCCCGUUGAGGGAUAUUGACGAAGAUAGCCAUGUGGAUGAAGCGGCUGAAGAGUUCAUCAUGAAGUUCUAUAGGGAUUUGAGGCAGCAAAAUUCCACGGCUCGGUUGGGCUACUCUUGAAAAUUUCCUGAAAUAUGGGAUCAAAUGAUCAUGAAAUUCGAUUCCAUUCCGAAAUUUCAUGCAUACGGCUUUCUCUCGUUCGCCGGGUGGUUCAAGAAUCAGAUGAUAUGACGACAUAGAUUGAAAGUUGUGUAAGAAAGCAUGGAUCGCUGAGUACGAGUGGAGGUCCUUCCGUGGACUAAGAAUGAUUUCUUGGUCCAAAUAUGUUGAGAAAAAAUAAUAAUGUCUUCUGUAGUGAAGAUUUUAGAGAAAUGAAUAAAUGAAAUCUUGUUAUUGAGUUUUAA